AUGGCGUCCCUCCUCCGCAUUGCCGCCACCACUUUAACUUCAACGCUCCUCUUCUCUGUCGCCUCAGCCCAAGAAUGCAGCUUCAAAGGCCUGAGUACAUCAUAUCCUGCGCCUGUCACAGCAGACAACUGGAACUAUAGUGUCAUCGCCAACAAGCUCAGACGACCACGGGGCAUCGUAUUUGAUAGCGAAGGUGCUCUGCUUGUCAUAGAUUCCGGAAACGGCAUAAUCCAUUUCGAGCUCGAAGAUGAAGGGGGAACGUGUUUGCAAGUCAGGAAGAAGACGACUUUGUUGAAGAAGGAUAAUCUCAACCAUGCCAUCGUCCUCUCCAAAGAUGGCCGCACAAUCUACGCUUCGUCUUCGAACGAGGUUUAUGCAUGGCCCUACGACCCAUCCAAAGUUACUCUUAGCAAUUCCUCAGUCCAGACUCUGGUUACAAACAUGACCAACGGGGGGCACACAUCGCGUACUCUGCUCAUAUCACAGCAAUACCCAGACAUGCUUCUUGUGUCUCGCGGCAGUAAUGGGAACGAUGACUCAGGAGCUGAAGAUCGUGACUCUGGUCGCUCUCAAAUUCGUGCCUUCAACAUCUCGUCUUUCAGCGACAACUCUGAUAAAAAGCCUUACGACUAUCUUGAUGGCCUUAUUCUUGGCUGGGGUCUACGCAAUUCCGUCGGUGUAGCAGAACACCCCAUCACGGGUGGCAUAUUUAGCGUUGAGAACUCAGCCGAUGAGUUGCGCCGGGAUGGCAAAGACAUUCACAAGGAUAAUCCAGGAGAAGAGAUGAACUUCCAUGGCUAUCUUAACGGCUCCGACGAGGACCAAGGUGGCAACUACGGCUACCCUCUUUGCUACACACUCUGGUCUACAAAGGAUUUCCCUGAACUUGGCGACCUCAAGAUAGGCGAUCAGUUUCCCGCUGAUCGGCAGUCUGACGAUAAGAACGCUACUUCCCUUAGUGAUGAGGAAUGCAAAUCAGAUUACGUUGCUCCAGUGCUGGCAUUUCAGGCACACACUGCUCCUCUGGACAUGAAGUUUGAUGAAAACGGCACCAGGGCUUAUAUAUCUUUCCAUGGAAGUUGGAAUCGUGAGCCCGCAGUAGGAUAUGAGAUCUCUUACACAGACUUUGAGAACGGCCAGCCUGCAGCGUCUUCUCGAAGCAAUAACGCUACUACGCCUAUCAUCUACAACGAGGACAUUUCAAACUGCCCUGACGACUGCUUCCGCCCUGUCGGCUUAGCAUGGGACCCACAAGGUCGAUUGUGGUUCAGCUCUGACAAGACAGGUGAGAUCUUCGUGUUAAAUCAGGCUUCCACUAGCGACAAUGGAUCUUCACCCGGCCGUGGUGAUGAGGAUGAUGAUGACAACUCUGCCCUUUCUUUGCAGCCUGGAUCAGCUGCCUUGAUCGUGACACUGGCCGCCAUUGUUAUGGGAGGUUUCCUAGCAUGA